CCUACUUCGUAGCGACGCUAUGUGUUUGGUGACGUCCUUCCACCCCCAUGCCUGAGGCACUUCGACGGCAGGCUAAGUGGUCUCGGUACCUUGCCUAUGGACUCAGCUGGGCACUUCUUACCUUACCUAUCCUUACAUGAACUACAAACUACUACCUUGGUACUUCAGCAGGUAUAACAACUUGAGAUUCAUGAUAUACAAGUCGGAUGUGUUCUCAAUCCCUAGCGGUUAACAGACUGACCCAAUGGUUCUGAUCUCCCCACGACCCCCUGUCAUGAUGUUGAUGGUUGGCGGUCUGCCGAUUUCUGCGAAUUAUGAGGUGACAUGUUGCAGGGAUUCUUUCGUGAUUCGGCACUCUCCUACAUGAGAUCGAUCUUGAAAGUCCUUGCACGAUAGAAAUACGGGGGAUAAAUAUACACGUGCAUGCUGAAGUAGGCAUGGAUGAAUGGAUAAUGCUUGGCUCUUGAAUGCAAGUCUUCGUCAAAACAGUCCCUUACCAAAAUUUGUGAUAUGCAACAUCCAUAUCAUGAUUGGCUCUGGUACAUUGACAAAGCCUUGUGCCUAAUAAUAAUUCCCCGGCUCAGCCCUGGAGAGAGCGGCUUCUACAUCGAAGGGCAAUCAAUUCGACAUCUCGUCCAUGGAGAUGGGGAGACAUUGAUAGUCGCCAGAAACCUCGCUUGCUCUACUGUGCUGUUUCUGUUCAAUACGGAUUUCAUAUUACUAAUUCCGCCCUACUUCCUCACCUCUAGUAGUAGGUUUUAAUGUUACCACUUUGGCCAUGCAACCCAGGACAACUUCCUUUCAAAACUUAAGUGUCAUGUCCGACUAACUCCAAAACAUGUAUUGAGAAAAAUUUGAAAAGUCGGAGAUGCGCUGGCGAGGGCUGGAACUUUGAGAACAACUCCCCUCUGUACAUGCUUGACUUUCACCGAGAUCGGCUUCUCAAGGCAGCGACACAUUGGGGGUGGCAGUCCGCAGCAGAUCAGCUAUCCGGUGACGACGGGCUGUCAUAUCUGGCUCAACUUAUUGCAAACGCUGUAGGCCCAUCUCAUCCAACACCACUGAAACUUAAAAUAGUUGUGUCUCGUCAAGGCGACAUCAGAAUCGAGCACUCCAGCACACCCGAGGUUCCCAUACACAACCUCUUACCAGCUCGGCUUCCAGACCCAUCUCGUCCUUCACUGGAAAGCGAACCACAGAAGUGCUCUUCUUAUACGGUUCUCUUGGAUCAGGUUUCAACGACAAGGUCCGAGUAUACUCAUUUUAAAACUACAAAGAGGGCCAUGUACGACGCAGCCCGACAGCGUGCUGGCAUUAGUUAUGCAGAUCCUAUAGAGGUCUUGGUCGUAAGCCAAGACGACGGUUCUGUGAUGGAAGGGACAUUUACUACGCCCUAUUUCUGGAGGGCCGGUCGUUGGGUUACACCACCUGUUGCAGCCCAAUUCAGCUGGGAGGAAGGCAAUGGCGGCCAAGAUGGAACCUCGAGACGUUGGGCAUUAGAACGGUAUGGCCCCCCGUAAGUCAACGAAUAAUAAGGGCCUCGAUACUGAUUUAAGACCAGAGGACUCGCUUCUGAGCAAGUUAUCGAUUCAAAAUCAUUGAUCAAUGGCGAGGAAUGUUGGAUUAGCAACGGUGUCAGAGGAUUCAUUCCGGCUACUAUUCGUCUCCUUUGAUUAGACAUCGUCGGGUCAAUAUAAUAGGAUCCCCAUUGAUAGCCACCAUGCAGCACGGCUUCUUAUACGCUCGUCUGGUGGCAAGUUGGGUAUGGAUACAGGUUUGACCGUGAGCCGUCGACAUUGUGUUGCAAUGCUGCUUAAGCCGCAGACUGUUGGGGCAAUCUAUCACUGGUGUACCUUUACAUUUUAUGCACGCCAUAUUUCUAGUUGAUCAUCAGGUUUACAGCUCUUUGUGGUUGACGCUGGAUGAUAAGUAGACUGAGCAUGUUGCAUGCCGCUGAAAAUCAAGUAUAUACUCGGCCUUUAUUUCCUCAAAUUCAUCAUCCCCUCUCACAAACGGGUCACUAUCAUUUUUGCUUAACUUAUCGGGCCCCCGGGGUUCUUCUACUUGCAUGCACUGCUGGUGUACAUUAUAUGCCCGUUUUCACUUGAUCAGGGGAAUUUAUAGAGUGGGAAGCAUAAUAGGAUAACACAGCUAGCUGUCGGCGCCUAAGAAAGGCAAGACAUUCCGAUUCUCCAGCGGCCGGUAUUGACCGUUGCAUUUAAUCUAGACUUGUUGUAUUAUUGCCAAACAAGAACUGGUUAUAAAACAGUACAAAUUGAGUGGUCCCGAACACGAGCAAGGUUAAAUCCUUACAUUAGAUGGCAGUGAGAUUACUGCUGGUC